UCCACUUCCACUGAAAGGGCAAAAGCAAAAACAGCAAAAAGGAAGAUGGCAAAAAGACUAUUGUUACUUUUCCUCCCAGGUCUUGUGUCCAUAUGUGCCGUGCAUGGAAUAUUUAUGGACAGACUUGCUUCCAGGAAGCUGUGUGCAGAUGACGAGUGUGUCUAUACUAUUUCUCUGGCCCGAGCUCAAGAAGAUUACAGUGCCCCAGACUGUAGAUUCAUUAACGUUAAAAAAGGGCAGUGGAUCUAUGUUUACUCAAAGCUGGUAAAAGAAAAUGAAGCUGGAGAAUUUUGGGCUGGCAGUGUUUAUGGCGAUCAACCCGAGGAUGAGAUGGGAACUGUGGGUUAUUUCCCCAGCAACUUGGUCCAGGAGCAACACGUGUACCAAGAAGCCACCAAGGAAGUUCCCACCACGGAUAUUGACUUCUUCUGCGAGUAAGAAAUUAGACAAAUUUGCAGAUAGAAAGGAAACACCAAAAACAAAGAAAAAAGCGAAAAUAACCAAAAAA